AUGGUGGUUCACUUUUACGCAUUGGAGAUGAGCGUUCGGAUAGUGAAAUCCAACCCGGCCAUGAAACUAUUAGUGCUCUUCACAGCUUCUCUCUCCUUGGCCUUCCAGCAGCAGGCUGUACCGCCAAAAUACCAGUACCGUGACCCUGUGACAUCUGACUUCCUACAGUGUGACCAGUGUCCUCCUGGCACAGCUUUGAAGCAACACUGCACUGUUGACACACCCACAGAGUGCCAGCCCUGUCCUGAGAGGCAUUUUGCAGAUAACUGGCACUGGGGGGAUUCAUGCCAAUACUGCACCUCGGUGUGUAAGGAGAGACAACUAGUGAAACACGAGUGUAAUAGCACCCACGACCAGCUCUGUGAGUGCGCACCAGGUUUCCACCUGGAGGUGGAGUUCUGCAUCGUACACAGUACCUGUCCACCUGGCUACGGAGUGGCAGCCUCAGGUACACCAGUGAGUGACACUGUAUGUGAGCGCUGUCCUGCUGGUCAUUUCUCCAUCGGUGGCUCUUCCACAGAACCAUGUCAGCCCCACACAAACUGCACAGAUUUGGGCCUGAAGACACAGGCAUGGGGCUCGUCAAUGUCAGACAGCCGCUGCAGCAAGAUUGUGACACUGGACUGCUCUCAGCAUCAAACUUUGUGCCACACUGAUGUGACCCUGUGUGAGGAGGCAGUCUUCCAGUCACUUGCCUCGCUGCGACUGUCCUCAGUGCCCCUGGAGCGCCUUUUGGAGAGUCUUCCGGGGCGAAGGGUGGACCGCAAGAGCCUGGAGAGGUUGAAGAAGGCCUGUUCUCCCCAGCAGCAAGUUCUCCAGCUGCUGCGUCUGUGGAGGGAGCAGAACAAAGACCAGGACAAGCUGUAUGGCAUCAUACAAGGUGUGAACCACUGUGAAAGGAAGGUCUCCCGCUGCAACGGCCUUAAGAAUCUAACCUUGGAUGACCUUCUGAAGGUGACCAACAGCCUGCCAGGGGUUAAAGUUCAUCAGGAGGACGUCCAGGCCGUGGUCUCCACUUGCCUGCCCAGGCAGUACAUCCUGCAGCUUCUUCACCUCUGGAAGACCGCAAACUAUGACCUGGAUCUAGCCAAAGGUCUAGCUCACAGUCUGAGGGUCCUGCGCAGCCAGGGGGCACCACGCUAUCUGCUAAAAGGCCUGAAGAAGAUCAGCCGCAUCAUAGGAAGCACCUCAGCACCCAAGAUGUAUGAAAAGAUGUUUGUUAGUAUGCUGCAGGAUGAGUUGUGUUUUAAAACUCACAAGCCAUUAAAUGAAUAAGGAAAUUACGUAGAGACAGGAAUAAAAUGUGCAGACACUAAUGCAUUGUCAAAUAGUGAACACAAGAAGAGACACACAAUGAG